UGCUCUGACAUUUCUGCGGUAGUUCAGAAUGUCAAAAGAAGUGCGUCGAAAAUGGUCGAAAAUCACCUCAGAGAAGACGAAAACAGUUGUUAUUAGUAAGAAGACACAGGGGAUUACACACUGAGACAGCAGAUGAUGAAAUGCCUUCACAUAGGACGUUGUGUCAACUGUCGUUCAGAAAACAGGAGUUUUCAGACAGCGGAGGCUUGCACUGGAAUUGACAACAUUGCAGAGGCAAUCACUUUGUUAGAGCUUAAUAACUGGGAUUUAGUGGCAGCCAUCAAUGGAGUGAUACCACAGGAGAAUGGGAUCUUACAAAGUAACUUUUCCAGUGAGGCGAGCCAGUCCAGCAUGUUCGGACCUCCUAGCCAAUCAGAAGCAGCCGAUGCAGCAGCAGGAGGUGCAGUUUCUCCCCCCUCCUCUUCAUCUUUGUCCUCCUCUCCUCCGUCGUCCUCAACUUCAGCUUUUUGCCCUGUCAACGCUUCCUCCCGACACAUUGUUGAGCGUCAGCCCCGGAUGCUCAACUUCAGGGUGGAGUACCGGCAGCGCACUGUAGAGCUGGUACUGGAGGAAGGCAGCACAGUCGGAGAAAUCAAACAAAUCCUUGAGACAGAGCUUGGGGUUCCAGUGUCCAAAAUGCAGCUCAAGGGAUGGAAGUGUGGAGAUGUAUCCGAUAGUACGGUGAUGAGAAGUUUACACCUGCCCAAGAACAACAGCCUGUAUGUCCUGACUCCCGACAUCGCCCCUACUGCCAGCACCAGCAAAAACAGUGAUCUCCAAGAGUCGUUAAACCAGAACUUCCUGCUGGUCAUCAGCCACCGCGAGGCCCAGAGGGACUACAGUCUCAACUUCCCCGGCUCCCGAACCAUACAGGAGGUGAAGAGGAACGUUUCAGACUUAACUAACAUCCCAGUGCGGCAUCAACAGUGGGAAGGAUGGCCCGUGUCAGCGUCUGAUGACUCUAUGACGCUAGCUGUCUCUGGGAUCACCUAUCCUUGCCAUCACCUCAGUGUUUGUCGAAGGUCCUCACCAGCCAAUUCCCAGGAACCAACAGAAGAGUGUGCAGAUGUCCAUAUGGUCAGUGACAGUGAGGGGGAUGAUUUUGAGGAUGCGUCAGAGUUUGGUGUGGACGAUUCAGAGAUGUUUGGAAUGGGCUCCUCUACCUGUCGGAAAUCACCUAUGAUGCCAGAGAAUAGUGAGAAUGAAGCUGAUGCCUUACUGCACUUUACUGCUGAAUUUUCUUCAAGGUAUGGAGAUACCCACCCAAUGUUCUUCAUUGGCUCUUUGGAGGCAGCGUCUCAAGAGGCCUUUCAUGGCAAAGCCAGAGAUAGAAAGCUGCUGGCAAUCUACCUCUACAAUGAUGACAGUGUUCUCGGCAAUGUCUUCUGUUCUCAAAUGAUGUGCGCUGACUCCAUUGUCGCCUACCUGAGCCAGAACUUUAUCACAUGGGCCUGGGAUGUCACUAAAGAAGCUAACAAAGCCAGACUACUCACCAUGUGUACAAGGCACUUUGGAAGUGUGGUGACACAGACUAUACGGACAUACAAGACAGACCAGUUCCCCCUGCUCCUUAUAGUCAUGGGCAAACGAACAUCCAAUGAAGUUCUAAAUGUUAUUCAAGGCAAUACGACAGUGGACGAGCUGAUGAUGAGGUUAAUGGGAGCAAUGGAGAUCUUCACAGCACAACAACAAGAGGACAUCAAAGAUGAGGACGAGCGUGAGGCAAGAGAGACGGUGAAAAGGGAACAGGACGAGGCCUACCGUGUGUCUUUAGAGGCUGACCGCAAAAAGAGAGAAGCCCAAGAGAGAGAAGAGGCUGAGCAGGUUCGCCUGGAACGAAUGAGAAAGGAGCAGGAGGAGGAGAAGGAGGCAAUCCGCUUGUCAUUGGAGCAGGCCCUACCGCCAGAGCCCGAGGAUUCAGGAGAGCAAAUCAGCAAACUGCGAAUCCGCACACCAAGCGGCGAGUUUCUGGAAAGGCGUUUCCAGGUCAGCUGUAAGCUUCAGGUCCUCUUCGACUUUGUGGCCUCCAAAGGAUACCCCUUUGAAGAGUUCAAGCUCCUCACCACCUUCCCUCGUAGAAAUAUCACCCAGUUGGAUCCAGGGUCGAAUCUGAUGGAGGCCAAGUUGUUUCCGCAGGAGACGCUCUUCCUGGAGUCUAAAGAAUAGGAACUGGCCCUCUGACAGCUAGGAGGACCGACUGACUGAUGAACUGGCUGGACACACACUAGUCACCGAGCACACACACACACACACAACCACACACACACAAUCAAUCCUCUCAGACGUACACAAACACACUGGCAUGCACGUCCAGUUACACACAAGUGCAAGUAAGCUUCCCUGCCCUCGGCCUGGUCGUGGCACAUGAAUGCCUAGUGUACACGUGAUGCACAGAGGAGCAAAGACAGUACACAAGCACACAGCCAAACAUUCACCUCCCCCAAACCCUCUCUCUCUCUCUCUCUCUCUCUCUCUCUCUCUCUCUCUCUCUCUCUCUCUCUCAACUCCUCUCACACGCUUCACAACUUCACGUUCCCAACUGCUCUGUCAUGAUUUUUUCUCACAACACAAACACAA